AUGUCUCACGAGGAAGAUCUCAUCGAUUACUCCGACGAGGAGCUUCAGACCACAACAGCCCCCGCCACCACUGCUGCGCCUGCCGCUACCAAUGGCGAUGCCGACAAGGAGGGCGACUUGACUGUUUCUGGCGGGCGCCCCGACAAGAAAGGCAGCUACGUCGGUAUUCACUCUACCGGUUUCCGCGACUUCCUGCUGAAGGGUGAACUUUUGCGCGCCAUCACCGACUGCGGCUUCGAACAUCCAUCGGAGGUCCAGCAAGUUUGCAUUCCCACAUCCAUCUUGAACGUCGAUGUUCUUUGCCAGGCCAAGUCCGGUCUCGGUAAGACCGCCGUCUUCGUUCUCACCACCCUUCACCAACUGGAGCCCGUUGCUGGCGAGUGCCAAAUCCUGGUUAUGUGCCACACCCGUGAGCUCGCCUAUCAGAUCAAGAACGAAUACGCCCGUUUCUCCAAGUACUUGCCCGAUGUCAAGACCGCAGUCUUCUACGGUGGUACCCCCAUCCAGAAGGAUGUCGAGAUUCUGUCCAACAAGGAGACCCACCCCAACAUUGUUGUCGCCACUCCUGGUCGUCUGAAUGCCCUGGUCCGUGACAAGAAGUUGAACCUGCGCAACGUUAAGGCCUUUGUUCUUGACGAAUGUGACAAGAUGCUCGAUCAGAUUGAUAUGCGCCGCGAUGUCCAGGAAAUCUUCCGUGCUACUCCCGCCGAUAAGCAGGUGAUGAUGUUCAGUGCCACUCUCUCCCAGGAGAUUCGCCCCAUCUGCAAGAAGUUCAUGCGCAACCCGCUGGAGGUCUACGUCGAUGAUGAUACCAAGCUCACUCUCCACGGCUUGCAGCAGUACUACAUUAAGCUUGAUGAGAAGGAGAAGAACCGCAAGUUGAACGAGCUUUUGGACAACCUUGAGUUUAACCAGGUCAUCAUCUUCGUUAAGAGCACCCAGCGUGCCAACGAGCUGGACAAGCUGCUGCGCGAGUGUAACUUCCCCAGUAUCGCUGUCCACUCCGGCGUCAGCCAAGAGGAGCGUAUCAAGCGUUACAAGGAGUUCAAGGAAUUCAACAAGCGUAUCUGUGUUGCCACUGAUGUCUUCGGUCGUGGUAUCGAUAUCGAGCGUAUCAACCUCGCCAUCAACUACGAUCUUCCCGCCGACGCUGACUCCUACCUCCACCGUGUUGGUCGUGCCGGCCGCUUCGGUACCAAGGGUCUUUCUAUCUCCUUCGUCAGCAACGAGGAUGAUGAGAAGGUUCUCAAGGAGAUUGAGAAGCGCUUCGAGGUUGCUCUUCCUGAGUACCCCGAGGCUGGUGUUGACUCCACCACCUACAUGGCUUAG